AUGUGGCUCAGCAACCAAAGCUACCAAGGAGAAUUCAUCUUAUUGGGUGUGGCUGACCGUCCAAAUUUGGAGAUGUUGCUCUUUGCCAUCAUCCUGAUCUGCUACACAAUGACUUUACUAGGAAACACAACCAUCAUUGUGGUCUCAUGGCUGGACCCCCACCUCCACACCCCCAUGUAUUUUUUCCUCAGCAAUCUCUCUUUCCUGGACCUCUGUUACACCACCAGUCUUGGUCCUCAGAUGCUGGUGAACUUCUGGAGCAAAAGCAAGGCCAUCUCCUAUGCUGCUUGUGCAGCUGAGCUGUAUAUCUCCCUAGCACUGGGCUCUACAGAGUGUAUUCUACUGGCUGCCAUGGCCUAUGACCGCUAUGCUGCAGUUUACCAGCCACUGCACUACACUACCAUUAUGAGCCAAUUCUUAUGUUUCAAAAUGGCUGCCAUCUCCUGGAUGAGUGGCUUCGGCAACUCAGUAGUGCAAACCACAAUGACUCUUAAGCUCCCAAGGUGUGGACAUAACCGGGUGGACCACUUUUUCUGUGAAGUGCCAGCCUUAAUCAAAUUGGCCUGUGUUGAUACCUCACUCAAUGAGGCUGAGCUUUUUGCUUCCAGUGUAGUGUUCCUCCUAGUACCUCUGGGUCUCAUAACAGUCUCUUACAGCUACAUUGUGGCUGCUGUGCUGAGGAUCCGCUCAGCGGAGGGCAGGCAGAAGGCCUUCAACACCUGUGCCUCUCAUCUGAUUGUGGUGUCGUUAUUCUAUGGCACAGCCAUUUUCAGUUAUCUCCAGCCCCCAUCCAAUUAUUCCCGUGACCGUGGCAAGAUGAUCUCCCUGUUCUAUACAUUUGUCACCACCAUGCUUAAUCCCCUCAUCUAUACACUGAGGAACAAAGAGGUGCACAGAGCUCUAAGGAGAGUGAUGAACAGAAACUCAAUGUCUUAG